GUUGUCUCACCUAUGAUGAGCACGCUGUCCACCUCACACAAUGGAUUAAACUUGGAGUUGUGAGGAGGUCGCAGUCUUUUGGUUCCGGACUAGUUGACGAAAAGUUUUAAACUUUAAGAAGCACUAACAGAAGCCAGACAUGAUUCAGAGGACAGAGGUGGUGCUCUCCGUCUUAGAGGAGCUGCAGGAGGCCACCGAGUGUGUGGGCCUGGAUACCCUAACAAAGGUUGCUGUAGAUGUGGAGCAGGUUCUUUCUGCUUUCCAUCUUCCCACAGCACUCUGCACAGAGAUAUCCUCAUGGCUUGGCAUUGACGCUGUAGCUCAUAGACUGUAUCCAGCAGACGCUCCAGCCGGUCUACUUCCCCUGGUUUGCAAAGGAGAGGGGAACCUCCUGUUCGAUUCAGCAAGCAUGCUUCUGGUGGGCUCCACCAGCCUGAGUUUGGAGCUGCAAGUCAGGACCGUGGUCGAGAUGCUGCUUUGGAAACGAUACUACCUGUGUGGUAUGAUCGACUCGAAGGUGAUGCUGCAGGCAGCCAGGUUCUCGCUCUGUGCCGAAGAGUCUCAGGAUAUGCUCAAUCUUCCGAUUCGGGUACUGGAGGCCAUUUUUGAUGCAGAUGUCAAGGCAACAUGUUUUCCCGGCACAUUUGCAAACAUGUGGCACGUGUAUGCGCUGGCUUCGGUUCUGAAGUGCAACAUUUAUUCUGUAUAUCCCAUGUACAAUUUAAAGAUUCGACCCUAUUUCAAUCGACUCAUCCGUCCGAGGACGUGGCUGAAAGACACUGAGCCCUUGACCCUGCACAUCAUGUGGUCAGGUGACCUGGAGGCAGGCUCUGUUUUCAAACCCCAAAACUUUGUGGCUUUGAUUCAUGCCAGUGACCUAAAAAUCGGCAGUCCCAACAGUGAUCAGCGAAUGCCUACCCUCAAGUCUCUGGAGCAUGUGAGUCCCAACUCCCAGCUCUCUUACUCCACCCUCAAAGGCAAGUUUAACAUCACAAAGAGCACCUUUUACCGCUGGAAGAGACAGAGUGCAGAGUACCACAAGAAAUCUGUGGCGAGGUAUGAGGCCAAACACUUUUUCCUGGCCUCUUACAGACAAGGCAAACUGAUUCCCCUCGGUCAGUUCAAAGAGCUUUUUCCUGAAAUUCCCAGAUCCACGUACUACGCAUGGAAGCAUGAGCUUGUGUCCGCAUGCAGUGUCUCCGGGGGUUCUACAGGGGAGCUGAGUCCAGGAGACAGCACUGAGCAGGACUACUGGUCAUCUCCAGAAGUCAAGGAAACACCCAAUCAGAAAAGUUUUGCCAGUAUGAUAGCUAUCAGGUGCGAGAAACUGGAAGGAGAACGAGCCCAAAACAUGUCCCUGAUGCAAGAAGCAAAGAAGAGCCUGCAGAACUGCAUUGUUACAAACACAUCCUUCCCCUACAGAAUUUUUAAAAGAAGGUUUCCAGGCAUCUCUAGAUCCACUUACUACAACUGGAGGAGGGAAGCCAUGCUGUUCACACCGUUCAAAGAGUUCUCAGGGAGCAGUGAGGAAGGCUCAGAUGUUGAUAAAACCAGUCCGAAAAGUCAACUGUCCCCUGCUGUGUUGGAAAGACGGAAACUGACACCUAGAAUUAAGAUCUACGGACGCAGACGAAAAACCCAGAGUCUGGAUUACUACCAGAUGAAAGCGUUACGGGAGGAAGCCAAAAUGCACGUUCAGAGAUCGAAGAUAUCCUACAUCAAAUUCAAGCUCAAGUUCCCUUCAGUUUCUUCCUCUUUCUACUGGCUUUGGAACAGGAAAACUAAGAAGUCCGUCACGAUAUCCGAGACUGAUAAAUCCCAGAGUCUGAACGUCUCCCAGGAUGUCAUCGCAAAGAUAAAAACUCAAGAAAUGUUUUCUUUUGAUGGAAACAUCGAUCGCCUGAAUGGACAGGCAGUUUGCACAUCUGAAUUCACGCUGCCUGAAUUCUCUCUCCCUGACAAAUCCAGUAAUGAACAGAUGUUUGUGAUGGAUGUUGUGGCACUGGCCAAUUUCAAGGCUAAAGCCAAGCUAUUCUUGCAACAGCGAUUUGAGGAGAAGUCUUUUCCUACGUUUAAAGAGUUUAGGUCUUACUUUCCUCUUACUCCUCGUUCCACCUACUACAUGUGGAAAAGGGCUUUGCAUCACGGGGUACCAUUAGUUCAUGGCUGAAUGUUUUAUAGCAUAGUUUAGUGCUGUUAAUAUGCCUUUUAGUGCUGUUAAUAUGCCUUUCCUGUAAUGAUCAGUCCGCAUGUAACAACUUUUCAAUGCAAGUUUUUUGAGGCUUUUUUUGUUUUGGUCCACACCAGCAUAAUUGCAGUUCAUGCAUCUUAAUUAUUUGUCCCUUUUCUUUAUUUGACCACUUGGUUCUAGCUCAAGGACAUUUGCAUGUGUGUGAAAUUGGGCAGCCUUUGUGUUCACCUAUGUACCAAUGGCCCACAGGCAAAAGGCAGUUCAAAGACAUUUAUCCAGGUUUCAAAUGGCUUCAUUUUUUGACCCCCCCCACUUCCCCCAGUUGUUAACAAUUUAAAUGACUUGAAGUUUAAAUAAUGCAUGUUGUGGUUGGGUUCAUUUUAUUUUCUUGUCUUUUAUUUAGUUUUUUAUUAUUUGUUUGUUUCUAAUUCCCAACAGUUUAAAACAUCAUAUUACAUAACUGCGGAGUUUAAAAAUGUAUAGUAUUUUAAUUUUGUUUUUUAUACAAUACAUUAUAUAUAUUUUUAUAUUGACAAUUGAAUGUUAUGUUUGGUCAGGUGAAACGUUAUGUUGCCAAGCUAGACUGAAUUCCUCACACUUGAAUGUUCAGAAUUCUAUAAGGGGUCGAUGCUGUUUUGCACAUUGUUUUGGUACACACAUUUCAGUUCUCACAUUGUGUUUAUCUUGCUGCUAAAGUGUAAAUAUUUAAUUUCUGACUUGAACUACCUAACUAUCUUUUUCUUCUUUAGAUGUUCAGUAAGUUAAGCUUUGCAAAGAAUACCACAGUGGUUUUUAGAAUGUAAACUCUUCGCACAAAACGUUCAUUUUGCUCCAUGUUGAAUAUCUAAUUUCAUGUAUAAGUACAUUAUUCCUUAAUUGUGUGAUUUUUAUAUGGUGACGGAAACUUUUUGUAUGCCCACUGUUCAGGCUUUUUGUGAGUGUUUAUGGGAUGUUACUUGUCACGUGGAUUCAGUUAACUUGUAAAUAAAAAUCAGAUGAA